UAUCGUGGAACGAUUUGUAUGGCAAAUCGAGUGCUAGCAGUGCGACCACACUCCGAAAAGCAAGCACUAAAGACGGUAAACUCAUUUGACUUGCUCACUUGUAUGAAAACAGAAAAGUCCAUUUGCUUCGAACCAUUUACUAGUUGGGAGCAGUUUUCAGAUUUGAAAUUUGAGGCGGUGGCGCUCUUGUUCAGGAAGCCGGUGGGAAAGAAACCGUUUAUUGUUGUACGUCUCAACUUGUUUUGCGAAGAAUAGGGGCUUAUUCCUGCUUGUGUUACAGCCAACAUGAACACUACGGGUUGUCAAACACCCCCUAGUCAGGGCCUACUUAGUGCUGAGUUACGCUCCCUUAUUAAUGAAAGAAACAUUCUCACAACGAAAACCAGAAUAAAAGUCUUAAGCGCCCUUGAUGAUGUAAGCCGAGAUGCUUAUCGACUGAAGCAAGAAGAGAAGGAGCGUCACCUGCGAGCCAAUGCAAUUCAAGAAAUUUUGACAUCUGAAGCGUCAUACCUUCAGCAACUGGAGACAAUCAUGAAGUUCUUCAUGGAACCCCUUAAAACUAAAGACUAUGUAUCACAAGCUGAAUGGAAUGCUCUGUUUGGUAACAUUGAAACUUUAUAUAAAGUUAAUGGAGCACUUUUAGAUGAACUAAAGGCAAAUCCAGAAAAUGUAGCAGCUGCAUUUUUGAAACUGGCACCGUACUUCAAACUGUACUCAGUUUAUGCUUAUGACUACAAGCAGAUUGUUACUAUUUUGCAGGAAAUGCACAGGAGUAAUCCUAGGUUAGCUGCAUUUAUUUUAUGUCAAGAAACCCGGCCUGAAGUAAGCAAUAAAUUGGCUGCCCUUUUGAUUGUUCCUAUUCAACGCAUCCCACGUUAUCGUCUGCUCUUACAAGAGGUGCUGAGCCAUACUACUCCAUUCCAACAAGAUUAUUACACUUUGCGAAGUGCUCUUCAAGAAGUAGAGGGGACUGCCAGACAUAUCAAUGGCCUUGUUCAAGAACAAGAAAACAUGGAAAAGAUGAUUCAGCUUCAGAAUAGUUUGCAUCAUAGGAGACCGGGCAUCAUUACUCCAGGCAGAAGAUUCAUUAGGGAAGGCAUUCUGAUGAAGGUAUCAUCAAACGGGCGCCGUCCCCUACCACGCUAUUUCAUUUUGUUCUCUGAUAUGCUCAUUUAUUGCAUAAUCAGAGCAGGGAAAACACCCUCUCAACCAGGUGCCCUGAAGUGUUGCUGCAUUCUUCCUCUGAAGAGAUGUGUUGUACAGCCAGUGCUAAGUCAGGGUGUCCUUCGACUCUCAUGCCAUGGAGAAACCUUGAUCUUAUUUUCAGCUUGUGUAGAGGACUCAAAAAAAUGGUUGGAAGCCCUCCAGCAGGCUCUUAAGCAGUACCAUGCUAACUUGCAAACACUACGGAAGGACAGCAGUGCAAGAAGGCCAAUGCGUCGCAAGGAUAUUCUGAAAGACACGUGUGAUAGUCCCAGUCAGUUGGUUGUUGCUACCAACAGGAAGAGGGCCAAUCCAGAUCACUGUGGGGAAAUAACUAGCCCUCAACCUACAAUGUUGUCCUCUACACAUGCUUCCCUGGCAACUCCUGAUACUCCAGACCAGAGAAAACAUGGCUGUUUUCCAGAUUGUCGCCCAAGUAAAAUGCGUUGUUUGUUGCCAAUUUUUCAGCAAACCCCUCCUGCCUCUACUCCGAAACCAACUAUAAGUUAUCCUCUCCGAAGCAGUCUCAGAAAUCACAACUCAGCCUCCCGCCGAGAAAAUCGACGUCGUGUUACAAUUGUUUCACCCCAAGGCACUGUCUCCGUACAAACUGAGAACGGUCCUCUGGAAUUCCAUGCGGCUAGGAGUGGUGAGCCGCCCCUGGCGUCAGGUCCUUCAUCCGAGACUGCAGCAAAUGAAGUUGACUCAAGUAAGGUCUUGGAAAGUAGGAAUGAUGAAGUCGAUGGUAACACAUGUGAGCGUAAUAACUCUGCAGCAGACGUAACUGACACACCCAAGGAAAGCAGCACAGCUGUGGUCCCUUGGUCACCAUUUGGUGGAAUCCAAAGCAUUGGAAAUAUAUUCUUAGGAAUUCAUAAGGCCUUGAGGAGGUCUUUGAGGCGCUCAUUGUUCCGGUUUACACCUGAGCUUCAACUUCAAUAGUUAAAAGCAUUGCUCAUUUUUGUACCUUUUAGUUGAUUUGUCAGUUUGAUCCUACAACUCAAUGUUAGGAGCAGUGGCUGCAAUGCACAUUGGAGGCACUGUCCCUAACAUUGAGUUUGCAUUGAAGCUUAGGUGUCAGUCUGUGAUAUUUGAAUGGGAUGCAUUGAUGAAUUAAUUCAGUAGUAUACCACUAUGUGUAUUUUACCCUGAGCUUAUUUCCUCACAUCCUUUUGUCGAUUUUAUAUGUGUAUCAUUGUUUCUAAUUUUUACAUAGUACUUUGUUGUUGCUUUUUCUGCAUGGCAGCUGUCUAUAAAUGAUGUCAUAAGUUUUUUUGUGCACGUGAUAUGAUAUGAUUUAUGGACAACUCCUUUAAGAUAAGUUUUUAACUCUUGGGUUUACUUGUACUGACACGGAAACACAGAAAGCUGUAGAUUUAACUUGACUGGGAAAAGUUAAGAAUUUUUGAUUUCCACUCCAUAGACAAUACAUCUUAAUCAAAAUUGUUUCCAUAAAAAAGGAAAGAUUUUUUAUUUGCUGUUAAUGUAGGCUAAUUUUCUCAUGAAAGAUUGAACUCUGUCCCUUGAAACGGGGUUCACCCACCUAAAAUGAAGAGCAAUGAAAGAGAAACUGUGGUCAGAAUUUUAAUUAAUGACAAAAUCAACACUAAAUUGUUGAUGUUCGAACUUGGCUACUUACUUGCCAUCCUCUUUGAAGUGGGAGCCGAUAAUUGCACCAUUUGCGUAGGGAAGGUACUUCUCAAUGUUAUCCUUGUCGAUUCCAGACCCUAUGAGGACUGGUAAAGUUGUGUGGCCUGCUACUCCUAAAUUAUGUCAAAGACAUCCACGAGAUUACAACAAAAUUGUACAUCGUGUUCUAAUUUUAUAAAAUUUUUAUUUAUUACCUUUCA